UAACCACUGAGAAGUUAUACAGUGUUAAUACUGUCAACUUAUGGAUGGACGUCGAGAUCAUCAAUGACUUUUUCAGUAAGAAGCUGAAUGUUACAUUACAAGAAGAAUGGCUAACCGAAGUAAUGAUAUAUCUUCGUUCCUUAGAAUUUAACAAUGAUUCUUUACUGUCAGCUGUUUAUGAGCAGUGGCUUUACACUGACCUCAAAAUAUCCACAAAACCAAAGUUAUCUUUAUCAGCUCGUAAUAGCUCGACGCAAACGAUAUUUGAAGGUAAUUUCGUGGUGCAGAUAAACUCAAUUAUCGAUAUCGGCACAUCAAUGUAUUCGCAGUACAGAAAUUUGACCAGUAAAUUUGAGGACAAUUCUGGUUUCCAACUGAAAUUGGAGGAAAGGGAAACAAAUUCCGAUUCAUUUCAAAAUGCGAAGCGUAUGCUUUCAAUGGAAGUAACAGACGGCCAAGUGUCAAUGAAGGCUGUGGAAUACGGUCCGUUAAGCACUCUUUCUCUUCUAACAUGUCCAGGAUGUAAGAUUCUACUAACCAACACUGUAUGCCUUCGACGUGGUAUUUUGCUGCUUACCAAAUUGAACUGUAUAGUAUUAGGUGGUGACGAUGAUUUGCUCAUGAAAACUGGUCGUCCAGUGAAAAUAAUGAUGAAACUUUUGAAUAUUGAUAUCUCACUGCAAAGGCAAAGCUUCAUGGCUUUAACUAAGAUGGAAAGGGAAAUUAAUCAUAACAAUAUUCCGAAUGCUACCAGUGUUCUCUCUCAGCCGAAUAUGAAGCCUAUAAUGCAGGUGAAGCCACUUUCAGGUAAAAAACCACCUUCAGAAACUCCAAAGCAAAAAGUGAUAUCUACAGGUGGAACUACAAGAAUUAAACAGUCGAUAAAUAACAUCAGGCAGCAAGUGAGUGUUUCACUGAAUGAAAGUCUUAGUUCGAGUAGUAGAACACCAGUCACUGCAUCAGCAUCGAAGCGUUCAAAGGAUUUGUCGUCAUCGCAUACUGCACUUGCCAAGCGCGUGAAAAUGGAAGUGGUUGACGAUGACACUGACAUCAUCUUACUCGAAACAUCGACAACCAUAAAACAGGAAAUAAAUGAAGAAGAUAGUCCAAGGAGAAAUAAUUUACCCGCGACACCUAGAAUGACUGAUGAUCAUCCAAUUAUUGCUGCUUACAAAAGGCUUGGAGUUGAAUCGAUUGCGACGGCAUUACGAGCGAUGCGGUAUGCUAUUGGACCGAGGCGUAGAGUGCUGGCUGCUUUAAUGGAAACAAGACCACUGGAACCGUUACAUAUAAACAAUGAUGGAUUAUGGGCAUUGACCGUGGCGCUAAGCGACGAAAGUUAUGAGCACUUGACGUGUCUCGUAUCACAUAAAUUUCUUGUAGAACUCAUUGGUUGGACUCCAGAAGAGGCACUUAAUGCCCGUGCAAGUAAAGAUCCAGCACGGCGAAAAGAAGGCACACUGCGAACAAGAAGCGCUGGACAAUCGAUGCGUAGGUUAGAUUUAAUCUGGGAAGUGGAAUUUUUUCCAUCCGGUGGUUCUACACCUAUAAUUCACAAAAUUGACACAUACGCUCAAAAGUUCGGUCUGAUUCGAUAA